AUGGCCACCUUGUUCUCCCUGGGCUUUGCGGCGCCCACCCCCAUCCAGGCCUACGUCUGGCCAGUGGCCGCCGCGGCGCGCGACGUCAUAGGCAUCGCCAAGACUGGCAGCGGCAAGACCCUGGCUUUCCUGCUUCCGCCCUUUGCGAGCUUCCUCGGCACUCGGCCGGGCUACGGGCCCAACAUGUUGGUCAUGGCGCCCACCCGGGAGCUCGCCUGCCAGAUCCAGUUGGAGGCCGAGCGCUUCGGCCGACGAGUGGGCGUGUACUCGGUGUGCGUCUACGGGGGCGCCCCGCGGGGCCCGCAGCUCCGAGAGCUGCGCUCGGGGGCGCACCUGGUGGUGGGCACCCCUGGGCGGCUCAAUGACUACCUGGAGGGCGGGGAGCUGCAGCUGGACAUGUGCAAGUACCUCGUCUUGGACGAGGCCGAUCGCAUGCUGGAUAUGGGCUUCGAGCCGCAGAUCCGCACGCUCAUCAAGGCCGUCCACCGGGAGCGACAGACCAUGAUGUUCAGUGCCACCUGGCCCCGGGAGGUCAGGAAUCUCGCGGCCGACUACUUGCACCGGCCAGUCUACAUUCAGAUCGGCUCCCAUGAGGCCACCGCGAACAAGGACAUCACCCAGGAGGUGGUGAUCUGCAAUGGUCAGCGGGAGAAGCAAGAAAACCUCAACGAAGUUUUGCAGAGCGUGGAGAAAUCUGAUCGUGUCAUUGUCUUCACCAACACGAAAAAGCUAUGUGAGUCCCUCGCCUCCGAUCUUUGGCACAGCCGCGUCCACUGCGUCACCAUCCACGGUGAUAAGGAGCAGCGGGACCGCGACCAGGCGCUGAAUAGCUUCAAGACGGGGCGCACGCCGGUGAUGCUGGCCACCGACGUGGCAGCGCGCGGUCUAGACAUCAAGGGCGUGAAGCUCGUUGUGAAUUACGACGUCGCUCCCUGCCCGGACGACCACAUCCACCGCAUCGGGCGCACCGGGCGCGCGGGGGUGCCGGGGAGGGCCGUGACCUUCCUGGACUCUCGGGAGAGCAAAGAGGCCCGGGAGGCGCGGCUGAUGGGCUGGGAUGGGAUAAGAGGAGGGAGGGUGUGGUUUGGGGUCAAUUUGAAGAGGGUGGUGGUUUGA